AUGAUUUCCACAGGUCUUAAUUUUCUCAUAGCUAAAUAUUUACGUUCGUUAAAAAACCAAACUUUGGUUGAUAAAUUUGUUGAUACUCUCCAACAAGAUAAUUUACUACCAUGCACAACAAAUUGGAACGGAACGGAACAACAAACUUCGUUUGAACAAUUAGAUCAACAAUAUUCGCAUCUCAAAGAUGAUCACCUUGCAGCGUUAUUAUCAAAUUUAAUGUGUCAUGUUGAACAAGGAAUUGAUAAACGUUUCGGUUCACUGACAACAUUUUUAUUGCAAAAUGAUCCAACGUGUUUUCUUCGAAAUGCGAAAGAUGAGAAACAAUCGUCGAAAUAUAACAUAUUUGCUAUGGCAUACAAUCCAUGUCAGACUGUUUUACAACCCAAAACAAGAAAUAUAAAAACAUUAACGAAAGAACGUGAAUAUUUCGGACGUACAUUAUCAGCAAAAUUACCUUCAACAGAUAUGUAUAAACGGAUGAAUAUGCGUUUAAAAGUGAUUGCACAUAAGGCGUCUGUUUACUGUGUUGUGUUCGAUCGCACAGGAAAUUAUGCAUUGUCGGGUGCAGACGAUCUUUUGAUCAAAAUGUGGUGUGUUAAAACUGGAAGAUUAUUAGCAUCAUAUCGUGGUCAUAGCAAAGAAAUAUGCGAUAUUGACAUUAGUUUUGAAAAUACGCUUUUGGCGAGUGCAAGUCUUGAUAAAAAAGUGCGUAUUUGGAGUCUGAAAACGACAGAAACAAUUACGGUAUUACAUGGACAUUCUCAAACAGUCAAUAUGACAAGGUUUUCACCGUUUUGCAAAACCGAUGAUCGUUGGUUAGCCAGUGUGGGAAAUGAUGGAAAUAUCUGUUUUUGGCGUUAUCUAGUGAUAACAAAUGAUUUUGAACCUAGACCAAUUAAAUUUGUAGAAAAAUCUCGUGCUGGAGCUCAGAUGUUGUGUUUGGCAUUCAGUUCAGGUGGUUAUUUUCUUGCUGCUGGUAGCAGUGAUUUUGUUAUACGUGUUUAUAGCUUUCAUACUUAUAUACCAAUGAAAAUAUGUGAAUUAGACUCUCAUAACAAUAUAGUUGAAACGAUUUGUUAUUCACAUAUGAAUAAUUCAUUUAUCAGUGGUUCAAAAGAUGGUACAGCUCGAAUAUGGCGAUAUGAAGAACAAUCGUGGCGUGCUAUUAUUUUGAAUUUUAAUAAAGAAUUACUAAAAAGAGAAUCAGGUGAAUAUAAUUGUAAUAAUACACAAAAGAUAAUACCUGUUACAAUUGUUGCAUGGAGUUGCAAUGAUAAAAAGGUGUCAACAGCAUAUGAAAAUGGUUUAAUCAAAGUAUGGGAUUCUCUUAAUGGAAUGUUGUUAAAUGAAUUAAAAAAACAUGAUAAAAUUAUAUUUGUACUCGAAUGUCAUCCAACAAAUGAACGUUUGAUGUGUAGUGCUGGACAUGAUGGUUUAUUAAUUAUAUGGGAUAUUUGUGAUGGUCGAUUAAUUAAACAAUUUCUCAAUGAUCAAUACGUUGAUAUUCCAUGUUCCAUUCCAUAUUCGGAUGCAAAAUGGUCUCCACACUGCGAUAUGAUCAUAACAACAGAUUUAUGUGGUCAAGUGUGUUUUUUUGGUUUAGGCAAUGAUACAUCUUAUAAUCAAACACAAAUUGAACAAUUUUUUCAUAAUGAUUUACGUCCAUUACUUCGUGAUCCGAAUGAAAAAGUACUUGAUCAACAUUUUCAAUUACCACCACAUUUAUUACCACCACCAUUUUUAACGGACGAUCAUGGUCAUCCUUAUUCAAAUGAGAUACAAAGAUGUGUACCCGGAAGAGAAAACAAUUCAUCAGCAGAAAAUACAGCAAAUAUUGUGAAUAAUGAAUAUCUGGAAGAUAUUUUGAUUGUUGAACCAAGUACAUUUCCAGAAACAAAAUCAACAUUUGCCAGGCGUGCGUUAGAAACCACGGAUGUUUCCUCAUUUGGAUUAACAAAACGUCAAACAUAUGUUUAUCAUCGUCGAUUAAUUCCAAAAUUAAGCGAAGCAGAACGAGAAUUUAACGAGAAUAUUAGACAAGUUCGUUUUGAUAAUGAAAGAUCUAAUUAUGAACUAGAAUUCAAUAAAAAAUCACAAAAUAGUGAAUAUUCUCAAGUACCUUACGUAAAAAAACGUACAACGCGAAAUUUUGUACGGUUAAGGCAAGAAGAAUUAAUGAAAAAAGUUCCACAUAAUGAAAUUGUUGCAAUUAAUCGUUUAACAACACGUGCAUUAUACGAUUCAGAUAAAGAUGACAAAACAGAUGUAUCAGAUGAACAAUAUAUACCAAAUUCGACAACAAAUAUUGGAGAAAUUAGUGAUGACGACUCCGUAUCGACUGUAUCUACAGAUGAUGAUUUAGCAUCUGUUCCAAAUCGUAUUUCAACACGUGGGAGUCAAAAACGACUACAAAGACAUCGAACAUUGGCCGUCGAGGAUGAUGAGGAAGAGGAUAAUGAAGAAGAACGACAACAUGAACAUCAUAAUCAUAGUGCUGAUGAAAAAGCCGAACACAUAAAACAAACUCAUAGACGACGACAUAAAUUAAAACGGAAAAAGAAACGUCGUGAACAAUGUAAACAGCGAAAAGAAGAAUUAGAAAAAAGUUCAGUAGAUUUGAAUAAUACGGACACAUCUCGAUUUAUACCACCUGAAUGGCUGUCAAAUACACGACCUAAACGAGCUCCGUAUGUACCGCAAGUCGGCGAUAUUGUUAUGUACUUUUUACAAGGUCAUGAACUAUAUGUAAAUGACGUUAAAGAUAAAAAUAUAUACGAAAUAGAUGAUCAGACACUUCCAUGGAAUAAAUGUUCAUUAUUGAAAUCGGUUGAAUGCGGUCAGAUAGUUGGUUAUGCUGUUGAAGUUUUGCCUCCACGUCUGAUCAGUGUUCGAAUACAGUUAUUAGAUUCAGAUACACUAGAAGAAACAGCGCGUCGUAUCAAUGUCAAAUUUCAUGAUAUUGAUGGUAUCGCUGAUUUUCUUGUCCUAAAACAGUAUUAUGAUCAAGCUAUGAAACAAAAAUGGAAGAUUGACGAUCGUUGCCGUUGUUAUAUCGACGAUAUUUGGUGGUAUGGAACAAUUUUGAAAGAAGAACCAUUUGAUUCUCGCCAUGAAAACAGUCCAUUUCAAUGUUAUGUUAUAAAAUGGGAUAGUGGUGAAGAAGAACGAUUAAGUUCGUGGGAUUUAGAACCGAUAACUGAUCUACGACCAACAACAUCAUCGUCUCAGACGGCAUUACCUAUUCUUUAUACACCAAUCUCAAACGAAUGGCCAGAUGAUGGUCAAGAAAUUGAAUGCAAACGAUUAUCAUUUGGUAUUGAAACAAUCAUGCAAGUCGAUGAAGCUAAAGAUUUUAUAUCACCAGUGGAUUUUAAUGUAUAUAAAUUCUAUCAUAUCGUCAUACCAUAUCCAAUUGAUUUAAAAACAAUUAAAGAUCGUAUCGAUAAUGGUUAUUAUAGACGAGAAAAUGCCGUUAAAUGGGAUGUGAAAAAAAUUGAAGAAAAUGCGAAAGCAUUUAAUGAGAAAGGCAGUCUCAUUAUUGAUCAAGCAACAAUUGUUACCAAAGUGAUAUUAAAAUAUAUCGAUAAUAAUCAGUGUAAUGAUAUAAUGGAAAUAUAUCGACAUGUUGUAAAUAAUGAGAAAAUAUCACAACGAACAUUAACACCAAGCGAAAGUCAACAAUUGUUUACACACGAUAAUGAAGGUUGGUUCGAUGAUUGUCAAACAGUUCUUGAUGAUGUUUAUGCGCAGACAGACUCCGAUCUAUUUCGUCAUCCGAUUAAUUCCGACGAAUAUCCUGACUAUAAUGAAACUAUUCACAAGCCAAUUUGUUUUGAUGAAAUACAAGAAAAAUUAAAUCAACAUUCGUAUCGUCAUACAAGAGAAUUUAUCGCCGAUUGUCGACUAAUAUUUCAAAAUGCAAUAACAUAUUCUGAUCCUGAUAUGAUCAAUUUAGCACGACGAUUAGAGCCGUGGUUUGAAACGCGAGUGGACGUACUCCAGCGACAACGACGUACUGUAUCUCAGUUAGCAUCAAAUUCAGGAUCACAAGAUCAUACGAGUCGAAGACGUCAACAACGUUUUUCUCAUAGUGAGAACAAUAUCUACACCACUGGAGAUGGCGGUAGUCGAUUUAAUCGACGAGCUCAAUUUUCAUCGCACUCAAAUGGAACAGCGGGUAUAACACAAUCAAAUUCAACGUCUACUGCUCCAGAAACAACAACAUUUAUUACCACAGAUCGGCGGCAUUCUCAUUAUCAUCGUGUUAUUGAAUCUCGUCCGAAAACAAAUUCAACAUCCAUUUUGACAACAUCAGCUAAUUUUUCUUUUAUACCGCCAAUGGCAACGACGAUAAAUGGUAAUAGAAGACAGUAUAACGAUAGUAGUAGUAAUAGUGAUACCGAUGAGUAUGAAGUUAAAAAAAAACAAGAUAUUUCAUUAACAACAUUUCUUGAACACAACGACGACGGUUCAUCUCGACAAAGACUGCGGAAACGAAACGAUAAUACUUGGCAAUCUCGAACACGUUACGGUGGAAGACCUGUUAUUUCUUAUGCUCAAAAUCGUGAUGAGGAAGAUGGCGAUAAUGAAGAUGAAAAACAAAGUUUUACAAAGAAAGAAGCAAGUUUAUCACGUUCUGUCUCACCACUAUCAACAAGUGGAGAUGAAGCAUCAAAUAAUAAACGAAAACGAAUGGAACGAUAUAAUGGCAAUCAUUCAAGAACUCAAGAUAAUGAAUUGUCUGAUAACGAACAGAAUGAGAAUGUUAAAAUCGAACCAUUGACAACAAUCAAAGAUGAGGAAACAACAAAUGUGAUAGAAAAUCAUCAAGUUUCUAAUAAUCGUCAAGAAAGUGAUGGUGAUGAAAACGGUAUUCGUGAAGAAGAAAUUGAUCAGAAUGAUGACGACGAUCGGGAGUAUGUACCUGAAAAUCAAAAAUCAACGGAUGAAGACGAUCAACGAUCGAUAUCGAAAGAUGAAGAUGAUAAUGAUUCAGAUUGGGAAGAAUCGGCAACAGUGACUAAAAAACGUUCUAGAAAAAUAACAAAGUCAUCGACAAAACGUCCGACUACUUCGAGCGGAAAACGUAAACGUCCAUUAUAUCGUACACGAACACAUUCAUCAUCGAGUGAAGAGUCUGAUUCUAAAAAUCGUAUACUUGUUAAAAAUAACGGUCAACAUCGUAGCACAUCAAAACGUAUUAAAACCAGACAAAUUUUGUAUGAUGAUGAUGAAAUGACAGAUGAAGAAAAUGAUAGUCAGGAACCUAUCAAAAGUUCACGUGGUCGAACAAUUAAAAAACGUUUUGGUUGA